GCUCCGGUGACCUAAAAUCCUCCGACGAAACGGUUUCUCCUUGUCGUUUUCACUUUUCACGUCGUUCGUGGCAUCUUUAGGUCUUCGUUUGUUCUGCAUUGUACAGAUUCUCUUCCGAUCGACGAUUUAGCUUCCGGUAUAGCUUCUCCUCUCUUCUAUGGUCUUCUAAUCGUUGUUGCUUUUUGAUUUGAAGAAACUUUUGGGAAUAUCUCAGCAGGAUAACUUCUCUAUGUUGCAAUCGAAUAGUGCUGGUGGAGAAGAGAACCCUGUUUUUAAGUGGGGUGCUAAGAGAGGGGUGGGACGGAAAGAUAAUAAAGUCCGGUUCUAUGAAUCAUUUACCUAUGACGGCAUCGAGUACUGGCUUUUUGACUGUGCUUACUUUUACAUACAUGGUCAAUGUGAGACUUCAAUUGGAAAGCUUGUCAGCAUGUACGAGACAUCAGCAGGUGAGAAGAAAGUCAAGGUCAUUUGGUUUUUUCGACCUAUCGACAUCCAUCGCUUCUUGGGAGACUAUGAGCCACAAUGGGAUGAGUUGUUUCUGGCUUGUGGUGAUGAAAAAGGGGUUUCCAAUAUCAAUGAUGUGGAGACCAUCAUGGGGAAAUGCAAUGUUGUAUGCACAUCUGAUGACCGAAGAAACCCACGACCAGGAAGCAAUGAGUUGAGGAGAGCUAAUUAUGUCUUCUCCCGCACCUUCGAUACAAGGCUGAGAAUUAUAUCAGAAGACUUUGCAGAUGCUAUAGCUGGAAUUGGAGUGGGGAAACUCUUCAACAUGAGAAGAGAUAAACAGCCUGUAAAACGUCUAAACUCAAGCGCAGCUGCCAGUACUAGGGCAUCUCCAGUUAAAUCUUUGCGUCCAGAUUUGGGAUCAACAAAGUUAGGAAAAAAUGAUAACAGAGAUGGAAAGCUGAUGAGUAGAACAAGCUCAUUAAAGAAAGUCUCUUUUCUGGAGGACCGUGCUGGUCAUGUACAUGUGAAGAAGAACCCUCCUGUCAAUACUGAUACCACGUCAAGAGGUCCGAUACUCAAAACCAGAGCAUUUGGGGAGUUAUAUGCUUCAGGUUCAUCAGUUGAUGCUAAGCCUUCUAAAAAGAGGAAGCUUAUACUCAACACACCAGAAACAGAUGAUUCAGAUGAUCCAGGCCCUCAAUCAGGAGAGAAGAAAAUCAUUAAAAAUCCUUCUCUUAUAGAAAAAGCUCCUACUCAGAACAUCCCUUUUGAGGACGAACUAAAACCGGCUAUAGAAAAAGGUAGGGUGCUCUUAAUUGAGAACCUGGAACCAUCAUACACAUCGCUGGAGGUAGAGGAUCUUUGUAGGCAAGCUUUCAAAGAAGCAGUUGAUGCUAAGAUGAUCCCUUCAAGUCUCGUGUCUAGCCCACAUAGUGGCAGGGCUCUUGUGAUUUUUGGAACCACAAAAGCAGCUGAUUCUGCCAUGUCGCAGUUAACUGAAAAGUGCCUGAUGUUACCUGGCCAGAGACCUCUAUUGGGUAGCAAAAAGGUCCCACUCGAAAUUGGAAGAUGUAGAAGCUUUACUGGCCAUUUUAGCAUGAUGGAUAGAUCUCUGAUGACAACUCAGAAGAGAAAGGCCGUUUCAACAUCACACUGCACUCAGCCCAACCACAUUGUAGAACCUAUGGCCUAUGAGUGGUUCGCUCAACAGGCAAAGUCAGAAUCGAUGUGGAAGAAGUUAUUCGAGAUACAAGCCAAGGAGAUCGACAUCAUGAGGCACAAAAAUCAUCAAGGAACCAAAGGAAAGGGACAAUGUGCAUAAAACCACUUCUCUUAACAAACACAGAAGACCAGUCGUCGGUUUUGGUUAGUUUUUUGGAAUCUAGCUGAUGUAAAACCCCUUUUGUCUUUAGGUGGCAACUAGGCAAUAACCUUAUACACUCACU